AGGUGCACUGAGUAUUUAAAUUCCUAUACCCUGCAGUAGAAAGAGCAAGGAAAAGUUAUGAAUGGGAAGAAAGUGUUGGUGAUAGGGGGUGGAGGAAGGGAACAUGCCCUCUGCUGGAAGUUGGCACAGUCUCCUUGUGUUGACACAAUCUUUGCUUCCCCUGGGAAUGGAGGAACUUACAUCACUCCAAGAACCUCCAAUGUCAUAGUGAACCUCAAAUCUCAUCCAGAUGUGAUUGAGUGGUGCAGAAGAGAGGCAAUUGACCUGGUAUUAGUUGGACCUGAGGAUCCUCUGGCCCAGGGGAUAGCAGAUUCUUUAAAUGCACAGGGGAUUCCGUGUUUUGGUCCUUCCAAGGCAGCUGCUCAGAUUGAGGCCAGUAAAGAAUUUGCCAAGACAUUCAUGGACCGACAUGGAAUUCCCACAGCACACUGGAAAGCUUUUACAAAUCCCUCUGAAGCAAAAUCCCAUGUUCUCAGAUAUGAUGCUCAUGUCUUUGUUUAUAGUGCUUCAUAUCAGGCAUUGGUGGUGAAGGCAAGUGGACUUGCAGGAGGGAAGGGUGUGAUAGUGGCAGAGGAAAAGGAGGGUGCAUGCAAGGCUGUUGAUGACAUCACACAGGAGUUUGGUGAUGCCGGUCGAGUGAUCAUCAUCGAAGAAUGUCUUGAAGGCCAGGAAGUCUCGGUGAUGGCUUUUAGCGAUGGGAAGGAGCUGAAGAUGAUGCCAGGGGUUGGGGAUCACAAACGCUUGGGUGAUGGAGACAAAGGCCCCAAUACAGGGGGAAUGGGGGCAUAUUGCCCAUCCCCAUUUCUUACCCCUGAAAUUCUUAGAAGGAUUCAUCAUGAGAUCCUGGAGAAAACCAUAUUGGCACUACAGGAUGAAGGCACUCCUUUCAUAGAAAGCUGGAGCCUUCUCAAAGAGUUAAUCUCUAUUGAAAGUUCAUGGAGUCCCCUUUUGAAGGCUGAGGAAGAAUCUUGGUUUGUGAUGCUGCGUACAGGAGUUUUGUAUGCUGGGAUCAUGCUGACAAAGAAUGGGCCAAAGGUUCUGGAAUUCAACUGCCGGUUUGGGGAUCCCGAGACUCAAGUCCUCAUGCCGCUUCUUCGGUCAGACCUCUUCGACAUCUGCUGGGUCCUCACGCUUAUUUUCUGUGCUUCUCCGCUGAGUGCAGUUUUGGUUGCUGUGUUGCUUUUGCGCCAGUGCUUGCUCUUCGUGCUGACUGACUUUUUCUUUUAUCAUUUUAUGGCUGAAGGCUUGUGUGCAUGGCAACUUGAAUUCUGUAGAAGCUGGAAGCAUGGCUUAUAUGCUGUAGGCACUGUCCUCGUCAGUCCUGGUUAUCCAGGUCCUCUUACUCAAAAGGGGACACCUAUUCAAGGGUAUUUUAUGUAUGCACCUCAGUGUCCCCUUCGUUCAAAUAUCAAAUUUCAUCGUAUGCGUCUGACAGAGUCUUCUUUAAACGGUCGGGAAGGUCUGACGAGAGGCGACGAGACGCUGGUGUUCCACGCGGGGACCAACACGGAAGGCGAUCGUCUAGUCACAAGUGGAGGGCGAGUCCUGUGCGUCGUCGGGCUGGGCGAGAGCCUCUUGGCUGCCGCGGCAGGGUCCCUGUCGAGGGCGAAGGGUGUCGCCUUCCCUGGCGUUUUCUUCCGCAGAGACAUCGCUGCCAAGGCCCUUGCAUGGAAUUUAUAUGGCAGUGCCAUCUCGAACCAAGGAAGCAUGACUUACGCCGGAUCGGGAGUGAGCAUUUCCGAGGGGGAUUCGCUCGUGAGAAGCAUUGCAGGCCCGGCCAAGAGGACGCAGGGAAAGAAUGUCCUUGAAGGCCUUGGAGGCUUUGCUGCAUGCAUGGAUUUGAAGGAAGAGAUGGAAGAGGGAUGCUCUAUCCUCCUUGCGAGCACUGAUGGGGUUGGCACCAAACUCAAGUUGGCCCAGGAAGUUGGGAAGCACAAGUCAGUGGGAGUGGACUUGGUGGCCAUGUGUGCCAACGAUAUCCUUUGUCAAGGAGGAAAACCACUCUUCUUUCUCGACUACUAUGCCUGUGGAAAGCUGGUGGCAGGCUCGGCCAGUGACGUCAUAGCUGGCAUCGUCGAUGGAUGCCACAUGGCAUCCUGUGCUCUUGUUGGUGGGGAGACAGCAGAGAUGCCAGGGAUGUAUAGAGCGGGAGAGUACGAUCUGGCAGGAUUCGUCAUCGGCAUGGGGAAAAAGGAGCAGCUCUUGCCAAAGCUCCAGGAAAUUCAUACCGGUGAUGUCGUGGUUGGGAUUGCUUCCUCUGGGCUCCACAGCAAUGGGUUCAGUCUUGUCAGGAGAAUCCUGGACAAGAAUCACCUGUCUCUUGUGGAUCAAGCUCCCUUUCUCUCCUCUGUAACAACUUUGGGUAAGACUCCUUCCAAAAUUGGCAUGGAUUAG